AUGCAGCGCAAACGGAUCCAAUACGUGUCAUCGGCGGGUGUUCUCCACCGGACACCUCUUCACCGCAUUCAGGGCCCCUAUGGGCGCAUUUCCAAGAUCACCUUAGCACGUGGUGCCUCGACUUCCACUGCAGCCGCCACGCCCUUUCUGCGCAAGUGCGCGCGCUUGCGCGUGGACUCGCUUGUCCUGCACCAAGAGCGCGACUCACCUCCACCAAUGUCAAUGGCCUCGCAAGACGGACAGGCCAACGUCAUCGAUUUGUGUGGUAGCGAUUCCGAUCAUGGCGCCAAGUCGAGGCCUACUCCUAAGCGCACCCAGGACAUGAUUGACCUCACUUCAGAUUCCGAACGCAACAAAGCAGGUGCGAAACUGCAAAUGAGAAAUAAUGGCGCGCCCAAUGGCGACCGAAAUGGAGAAAAGGUACCCUCGACUGGUGGAAGUGUGAGACCGGGCCCUUCCCGCCGCGAAGGCGAUCGCAAUUCAUCUUUGGUAUCCAAGAAAAUUGGCGAGCAAGUCACCAACCGCUCGAGUCGUCCGAAAGCGGAGCCAUCGACAAUUGGGCGAGCCUCCGCUUCUGAUAGAUACGGCACUGCUGUCCGCUCACCCGGCCACCGACACAUAUCCCGUGAUAUCACCGGCCUGAAGCGACCGCGGGAGAAUGAUCAAUCAUCUUCUGCACUAGGACAUCCUGCAAAAAAGUUGCGACUACCAAAUGGCGGCGUUACUCCGUUCUCGCGUAGACUUGGAAGUGGAUCCGGACGCCCUGAAAAUUCCAAUGUUCAGAUCUCCGGCAUGAUUGAUUUGACUACGGAAGAUGACGGCCCGGCUGUAUCGAUCAAGACGGCAAGUUCAGCAAACAGUGCUUCUACCAACAUCCAAAGGAAUGUAAAAAAACCUUUGUCGAGCAGACAGCCUGCAUCCUCAGACGCGAGAAGAGUGUUGUCUGGAACCGGUUCCUCCAGCGGAUUGAAAUCUAGGUUGCCUGUAAUCUUUGAGAAACCGGCGCCAGUCCAAUCCUCAGCUGGCUCUGAGAGCUCCAGGAAUCGAGACCUGCCAUCCUCAUCGCGUACACGAACUUCAAAGGCGCUCGAGCAGCCAUUGCAAGUCUCAAAAGUACCCACUCGAAAAUCGCCUACUGUGAGAGCACACGAGCAAAGCUCGCAAGGGCCAGGACUUGAGGUGCCAGAAAGCCCGCCCGGGACAGAAGUACUGCCUAAACCUCUAGACAGCAACCAUACGUCUCAAAAAGAUUCGCUGCCUGAUGAGGAUCGUAUCGGUGGAGAGUCGAGGCAGAAGUCGACCACACCAGCACCGCCCCUCAGCAAGUCUCCGAAGAAAGCUUCGCCGAGUCGACAAGUACUACCCAAAGCCCUAGACAGCACCCAGACGUUUCAGAGAGAUUCGCUGUCCGAUUCAGGUCGCAUGCGUGCAGAGUCGAGGCAGAAGUCGGGUCCACCAACACCGCGUCGCGACAAUUAUCCGAAGCAAGCUUCGCCAAGUCGAGAAAUGCAUGGCAAAGAUGUUGCCUCCAGUGUAUCCAAGCGUGGAUAUCCUAUUUCUCCGUCUGAGACAAGUUUGGAGGAUAGCGCUCAGCCACAUAAUCGGGACGCGGAGAAAGAGGAGCUCCCUCUUGCACAACCAAAUGGUAGUCAUCAUCGGCAAAUUAGCUCGACACCAGGCCAACAACCGAGCUCUGGUGCAAUCACGCAUCUUCCACAAACCAGCAGCAAGACUUCUCUGGCGGUCGAGCCAAGUGAUGCGAUCACCACUUCGCCCGUGCGAGCUCAAUCGGAACAAGACACCGCGCGAGACGGGUUGCGCGUAAACAACGAUAGCAUCAGGGAAGACCGCCAACAAGAGGAGGACAGUGAGAGCGAAGAUGAGACCCGGCCCACCAGAUCUGUGGAUUACGUCUCGAAGCAUUUUGGGCCUCAAAGUUCAGCAAAGCUUGUGCCUGUGAUACAGUCUCAUGCAGGGCUUCUGCGUGCGCAAAAUUCUGUGCAACCUGCAGAGUCCAGCUCUGCAAUCACAGCCGAAGGUUCUGAUCUUGGCGAGCUCACGCAACAUGCGCAAACUGCUCCAGCCCCAACAAAGACCACGGCCAAGCGUCCUAGAGCAUUGAAAUCUUCAGACAUGAGUGAUUUCCACCAUGUGAGGCUAGUGGUCAGAAAAUACCUCGACGAGAUGCGAAACGAUAACGAACAUUUCGUGCGCACUUGGCUGAGAGAAGCAAGGCAUGCACCUCCAGAGCCAGGCCUAGUACAGGGCAAUGGCGAGCCAACGUCUAUAUUCAGAAAUAUGCGUCCGCUGAAUCUACAGCAGAAAACUGCGGCUCAGAUGAGCAAAAAGAAGAAACCUCCCACUGGAUUUGCAAAGGUUUCUAUUGAGAAGCUUACUAUCGGUGGCGCCAAACCUGUGCUAAGGACUCAUUGGAUGGCACCGUACCGAAAUUUUGAGCUUUCUGGCGAGGACGUACCGAACUACUCGCACUACGUCAGUAUCAAGGACAAUUUUCUCGCCCAUAACGAAGUGAUCUUGCAGCACUGGCCAUAUUUCGGCGACGAAUUUGAUAUUGGAAAGUCUCAGGGCGUCAGAGAUCAGUACUGGCUUGACAUUGCUCUAAGACGAGAGAAGCUUAACAAGAUGUCUCGCGCAGAGAGAUACGCUGAAUACUGUGAAGAGAUGCUUCAGGACAUUGGCCUCGAGUGGUCAGACAUCCUUCACUUUUUGUUGGAUUCGUCUCCAGAUGUCGAAAACGAUCCUAGGGCGCAGAAGGCGGUCACACAGAGGAUAAGUCUCCCCCAAGAAGAUCUUGUCACGUCACAUGAGCCGUGGACUACGGUCGUCAAAGAUCUACCAGAACCCGAGCCUGCCUGCACCCGUAAGGCGGCAUUUUUUUGCGAUCACUUUGAAGUGCUUGCCGGCCUCCAUGUUUGGCACGUUGCCCGACGAAGCGAUGCAGUUGCCAAGCUUCUCGAAAGAGCAGAAGCUGCUCCUAACACAGAUGAGUUGACUUGCAGGCUCUGCAUGCGCUUCAGCUGUCCUUAUCAUGGGGAAAUCAGAGAAAGCGAAGAUGGAGAGGCGCUUGCGCAACCGAACGAUGAUGAGGUUGAAGUCGCUGCUGCAACUGAUAUUAUCCAUCCCACAGAGGUCAAUUUCAGGACAAGAGUUGGUUUCCCUCCUUCUAUUGACAAGCGCCCUGUAGCGUCUGGUGGCGGCAGCAAACAGAGCUCGCGAUACUGGCAGACUGGACCCAACGCAGCUUUGAUGACAAACAUCAGGCCUGAUUCACGUGGCCCGUUUUAUCCAUGUCACCAUCCUGGACUUUCCUGUAGCUCGGCAGUCUGCUCGUGUUUUGAGGCCAAGGUCCCGUGCGAGAAAACAUGCGCUUGUGCCUCAGAUUGCCAUAGAAGGUUUCGAGGCUGCAACUGCUCGAAAGACAAGAUGAAAAGGGGGCGAAAACGCGUCUGCUAUGGGAGCGAAGACUGCGCAUGCUACCAAAUAGGGAGGGAGUGCGAUGCUGACCUCUGUGGUGAUUGCGGCGUGUGUGAUGUCUUGGACCCGGUGCACCGCCAUAAUGACGAGAUACUUCACAACAACUGCGCGAAUGCCAACAUCCAGCGAGGCGUCCCAAAGCAUACCGUGCUAGGCGACAGCGGUGUGCAUGGUCUGGGCCUCUAUGCCUGCGAAGAGAUUCGCGAGAACGAUUUUGUUGCUGAGUAUAAGGGAGAGCUUGUCACCAAGAACGAAGCUGAGCGCCGAGGUGCCGUCUACGAACACCAAAAGCUGAGCUAUCUGUUCUCUCUGAACAAUGAGCAAGAGAUCGACAGCACCUAUUUCGGCAACAAGGUUCGAUUUAUCAACCACGCAGUCAGCAAGAAGGCGAAUCUCUUCGCGCGGACUAUAAUGUGCAACUCCGUGCAUCGUAUCGCGUUGUACGGCUCGAGACUGAUAAAGCCAGGCGAAGAGCUCUUCUUUGACUACGGACCGAUGUUCCCAAGCACUCAGUUGGGUGGAGCAGACAUCAAGAGUACGACACAGCCCCAGACCAAGUCCGCUCCACACGUACGCAAUUCCCUCCUGGUCAGCGAGUUUCAUGAUUUGGAAGAAGUGGAAGAACAUGGCCUUCGACGCGCCCGCAAGUCGGAGAAGUUCAAUAAGAGUACGACUCGCUCGCAGGCUCGUGUACAGACCGCGUCGUCUAAGAGGGCUGGCAAGAGCACGCGUCGACCGAGGGGCGGGAAGAAGGCGCAGGUUAACGAAGAUGUGGAAAUGCAAGAGGCAGGUGCUAACGACGACGAGGACGAACCUCCUCGAGCGAAGAGCGCAAAGAACGCGCAGACUGAUGAAUAUGUGGAAAUGCAAGAGGCGGGUGACCACGAUGACCAAGAUGAAGAUUACGAAGCAACUGGUAAGAGACCUUGAGUUACCUUCUGGACUUUCAAGUGCUAACUUCUCUCGCGCUAUAGGCAUUGCUAAUGACGCGUCAGAAUACCGUCCGCAAGACGACGGAAACGCGUCUGAAGAUGAUGAACAAGAAAGAGAAGAGGUACGAGGCGGAUACUACAUCGAUGCUGCAGGACGCGUGCGACCUGCGCGUACUCGGAGUCGUACUCGAACGCGUCGAAAUGAGCUUUAG